AUUCAACAUGGCGGGCACACCUCAAGAAGUCCUCAACUUUGUCGAAGUAAACAAAAAAAUCAAACUGGUUUUCUGAACAUUUUUGUGUCUAUAUAGGGAGCAGGAGCUGAGGAAUACUUUUCAUUUUUUUCUCUUUUUUAGCUUACGGAUGAAGAGAAGGCUGUUCUUCAAGAAUGCAGAAUAAAUAGCGUUUAUUUCAGAGGUAAGCGUGAGCUUAUAUUAUUAUUAAAUCAACCGUACGACUUUGCUCUUUUAUCUUCUAUUGAAACCUUCUUUAAAUGUAGGGUUAGAAAUCACAGUAAGGGUGUUAGUUGUAAAAAAACGUCAGUAGUCCAUGGGGGAGUAAAAUGCAAAAACAAAAUGUUUUGUCAUCAGCUGAGUCGACAAGUAGAUUGGUCACUGUAGCUGAGGGGGAUUGGAGCUGAGGUUAUAACUUCAGCUUCUCACCCGCUUUCCCUACAUCAGACUACCUUAUAGCCCUUUAACUGAGUUGAUUAGACCAACUUUAUUUUGGUGAUCCGCACUGUGUGGGCCUUUCUUGUUCAAAAGCUUAAGGAGCUUCUGUUACUAACCCCUCUGUAAUAAGCCCAAAUGUCCCCCCAGAAAAUCUCAUGCAUAUAGGGCUAAAGGUGCAUGCGGCAUUAAUUGGACUGGCUCCACAAAGCAUCAACAAAGUAGAUAAAUUAAGCUAACAAGACAUUGAUGUAAGACACAAGUUUCAUCAUGUCUGUGACUACAGUAGUUGACGUCCAUUAAUAACAUAAAUUACACUGUAUGAUAUCACAUGUGAUGUUUAAGUGACAACACAGAUCAGGUGUAAAAAUGGCUAAAUCGUACUUCAAGCACCUCUCAGAUGUGGUUGGGCAUCUAAAUUAGGCUCCUGGAACACAGGGUUUUCACUAAAAAUUCCAGUAGCAAGAGAGAGUUUUAACAUCACAGGACUGAGAAUGUUUUGAAAGAGGCUCCAUGUCUAAAUAAAAAUCAUCAUAGGCUACCAAAGAUGAGCCGGAGAAUUCUGCAUAAGGUCUCCAAUGCCUAACCAAUGCUCUGAGUACAUCACAUACUUUACUUGAUGUACUCAAACAGAGAUCUGUGUAUGGCUGAUCAGAAUGAGUUUCUUGCUAUAAUGCAUGCUGCCAAGAUAAUAUGCAGAUACUAAACCAGAGAACCUGUCUGCUACAUGGAUCGUUAAGUUAUAUAAUCACUUUAUUAAUUUUUAUUAAUAAAAGAAAACUCUCACAGCUCUCACAUUUCCCCCCAAAUAUCACAUUAAUUUUUUCCUGAACUGAUAUUUGCCAUAGGACUUCCACUUGGAGUUUGUUCUGUUCUUUUACUAAGGCAGGCAGUAAAUGGUGGUAAGACAGUUUAGUAAAUUUUUUGUUGUUAUUGUUUUCAUAAUGCACACUGAGAGUUUUGGGUGAAAACUGUUGACCUUUGCCAGAGCCAGAAGUUUAAAAAGUUUUAUUUUUUGUAGGUUUUGCUUGUAUCUUUUAACUGCAGAGAGGUGGCUGUUAAUGAAAGAAGUAUGGGUUUAAUAUAAAACCAGUUUAGAAGGAAAGGGUGAAACAUUUCUAUUUAAAGUAAAAAUGCCUCAGUGUUCUAGCUUGUUAAUACAAUCAGUCAAAAUAAUUGUAUAUUAGUAAACAGGAAACAAACCAUUUGGUUUGGUGAAGUUGUUUGAUUUUCAGUAUUUACAAACAUGACUUUCAAUGUUUGAAAAACAUGGGCAUAGUAUUGUAAUCUUGAUUAAAUAAUAAUUUAUUUCAACUUUGGUUAAAACUUUACUUUAUUCUGUCUUUAAUUAUUUUCAAGGUUAUUUCCCCCAUAUUAAAAGAUUUGCAGCCUUGUACUAUACAGGUAAAAGGAUUUUGUUCAACACAGCAGUCAUGUAAAUUUCAAAUUUUUCAAACUGUCAUGAAAUACAAUGUAUUUCAAAUCCUUAAGCAUUAUGGGGCUCAAAUAAUUAUGGGGCNGCCAAGAUAAUAUGCAGAUACUAAACCAGAGAACCUGUCUGCUACAUGGAUCGUUAAGUUAUAUAAUCACUUUAUUAAUUUUUAUUAAUAAAAGAAAACUCUCACAGCUCUCACAUUUCCCCCCAAAUAUCACAUUAAUUUUUUCUUGAACUGAUAUUUGCCAUAGGACUUCCACUUGGAGUUUGUUCUGUUCUUUUACUAAGGCAGGCAGUAAAUGGUGGUAAGACAGUUUAGUAAAUUUUUUGUUGUUAUUGUUUUCAUAAUGCACACUGAGAAUUUUGGGUGAAAACUGUUGACCUUUGCCAGGGCCAGAAGUUUAAAAAGUUUUAUUUUUUGUAGGUUUUGCUUGUAUCUUUUAACUGCAGAGAGGUGGCUGUUAAUGAAAGAAGUAUGGGUUUAAUAUAAAACCAGUUUAGAAGGAAAGGGUGAAACAUUUCUAUUUAAAGUAAAAAUGCCUCAGUGUUCUAGCUUGUUAAUACAAUCAGUCAAAAUAAUUGUAUAUUAGUAAACAGGAAACAAACCAUUUGGUUUGGUGAAGUUGUUUGAUUUUCCGUAUUUACAAACAUGACUUUCAAUGUUUGAAAAACAUGGGCAUAGUAUUGUAAUCUUGAUUAAAUAAUAAUUUAUUUCAACUUUGGUUAAAACUUUACUUUAUUCUGUCUUUAAUUAUUUUCAAGGUUAUUUCCCCCAUAUUAAAAGAUUUGCAGCCUUGUACUAUACAGGUAAAAGGAUUUUGUUCAACACAGCAGUCAUGUAAAUUUCAAAUUUUUCAAACUGUCAUGAAAUACAAUGUAUUUCAAAUCCUUAAGCAUUAUGGGGCUCAAAUAAUUAUGGGGCGUUAUGUUUAGCAUUAUGGGGUUCCAUUUAGUUCAUAACAGGCACUUAAAGCCCUUAAAUGUGUAAGGGAAAGAUUUAACAACAGUUUAAAAAAUAUUAUUUCAUUGACAAAGAGUUUUAUAGAAAACCACUCAAGUGUGACUGGGUGGCAAGAGUUGUUUUUGUCAUACAAAUCCUUGUAAUUUUUGGUGGCCAUUGCAAUCACUACUUUUGAGAUAUACAGCUGAAAAUUUGCAGGUUACCUAAUUUUAAAAUGCUCUUUCAGCUCAUACAAACAAAAUUUUUCAAAAGUGAACUGUUUUUGUGUUUACUGAAAGUUUGUCACUUGAUCAAUUUCCUACUCUCUAAUAAACACCCCAUAUUCAAAAAUUAUUAAUGCCCCUUGAAAUUUCAAUUUCUUGUCAUCCAAAUAGACAAAGGUAAGUUUGCAGGAACUACUGGGAUCUGCUUAAUGCUAAACAGGUAUGAUAUUGUUAAUCAAAGAUGUACCUGAUGUUUCCAUAGGGCUAUUUGGAUUUGGGUUUUUGGCAGGUGUAAGCUCUUAUAAGAAUACUUGUGUGGAGAAGAUAAUGAAGUUAGAAAAUUCCAGACUUGCUGAUCAAGUCAAGGCAACACAGAUGUACGUAUAGCAUUAAACUGGCCUUUUAUAAGUAAUUUUGUUGAAUUAAUAGGAAUUGAAAUUGUUUCAGUUCAUGUCAAAUAACUGCAUUUGCUGUUUUCAACAUCACCUUUACUAACUCAGUUAGUUAAUUCUUCCAAAAAAUAAUUAUUAGAAUUCUAAAACAAUGAUGUUUUCAUGUUUAAUAGGGCUGGAAAUCGCAGAUCUCAUUGGGAAACAGAAAGGGUGCCAUAUGAACGCCAAGAUGUUGAAUUACAAGGUUAGUUGUACAGAUUGUAAAGAUUUGUGUUGUUAAAAAAGGUAUAGCUUUAUUCAUUAUACUUUCAAAGGGUUGUGUUGAUUUGUUUUUUUUUGUGUGUGUGUAUGUGUGUGUAUUCACUUGCUAAUUGAAAUGAUCAAGCUCGAAUUUGGAACUUAAAAACAGGACCAUGAGUUCUCAAAUUAAACACAAUAUUUAUAAGCCAGGACAAAGUGAAAUUAGGGUUUGAAAAUGGCAUAGAUAAUUUCACUGGAAUUAGAUUAGCACUCGGAAAAUCAAGCAGUAGCUCUUUAGCAACUAUUCUGAGGGCUGCUCACCAUCCACCCCCCCCCCCCCUUAGUUGCUUGUCAUACUGUAAUGUGAUGCACUACUUUUAUUAACACAACCUUUUGAUAACAGGAAUGGGUGGUAAGCCCAGUAACCGGUUCAGUAGUGUUCCCAUGACUCAAAGACCACCAGCAGAAGCAAACAUUCCUUAUCGCAGUGACACGGCUGUCACUCCUGUACCAGAGUCUACUGCAGGGGAAGCUCCUGCUGCACCUCCAAGCCUUUAUUUUGAUGUGGAAAAAGAAAAGGAGAACAAGCAUACAUCUUUUUCAGAAUUGAGAAAGAAACAUCGUGAACGGUGGACGCCUCCGUCAAUGUCUCCUUCGGGUACCAGUCGGUCAGACCAGGUGUGUAUGUGUUUCGGGACUUAGUUAAUAGUCAUCAUUCGGUGGCCUGCUUCAGGCUCUGAGAGAGCUGGGAAAGCAGCAGAAAAUUACAGAUAUCAUUCAAUUUGUGUUAUCUUUGUCUCUGGUAAUGGUUCCGUACUGUAAUAAUAAUAAUAAUAAUAAUAAUAAUAAUAAUAAUAAAGGUUUUUAAUUGUUUAUCAUUCAUUGCGCAAACAGACGUGUAACAAUUUACAUGGCAAGAAAAUUAAUAAAGGAAAGUAAAAAAAUACAUAAGGAAAACGACUAAAUAAAUAUUAGUUAAUAAAAACUGAUUUGUUCAUGCUUAGCGUGCGUAUUAUCGAGUUAUGGAUGCACGCGGGAAGUUUAGAGAGCAAUAAAGAUGCGUAAGAGUUGCUCGAGGCGCAGCUGAGAGCAACUCUAGCUUCUUGAGUGCUCUCCAAACUUUUCAAGUGCAUCCAUAACUCGAUAUGCGCACAGCUAAAAGCAUGAGCAAAUUCUUUUAUAACAUAGCUGACAAAAAUGCUUGCUUUUUGAUUAACUGCAAAAUUCUCGUAUUGCGCGACACAAUAAAAAACGCUUCUAUCGGCUGAUUACAAACACGACACAAUCGUCUGGUUUGAAUGAAAAUUCUUUCUGUAAACUGAGAAACAAAAGUUCCCUAUUUAUUCGUUAACGAAUGGAAACUAAGCAGAAACAAUUAAGGUAAAAAGAGUCUUUAAGUCCACCUAAAGUUAUAAUACUCACAUGUUCGUAAGAAGUCGUGGAGUAUGGUCUGGAUUUGCUGAAAAGAUUUUUUUUGUUUUGCUCGACAAAAUCCAGAAAACUUGUUUUUUAGCGAAGACGACUGUCAUCCUACCUUAAACUUAUAUUCGUUUACGAACAAUGGCUGGCAUUACGGCUUCUUCAGAAGGCCUGGCAGCAGUUGUUUUUGUGAGUAAUAAAUUCAUGUCUUCUCGUGUAAUUUGUCUUGUUAUUUCAAGAGAAAUUUUCCUGCUUCAGUCGGAUUGUUCGGCGAUAACAAAAGUGCAUAAUUUUUCGCUAUUGAGCUUACUUUAUAAUUAACUUGUUUUGUAAAGGAUAAACAAACGUUAAAAACGGAGGACACUUUAUACAAAUUGGAUAUUUUCCGACACAGACCAAUUUGUGGUCUAUUUCCACUUAAAUGUCAGUCUUUACGGCAGACUUUUCAACGAAUCAGUCAGGCUCUAUUAUUUGCGAAACAUCUGCACCGCUUUUGCUGUUGGUUUGAGUGGUUAGAACGAAGCUAAGUUCCGCAAAAUCUAGAAAGUUUUUCAUCAUUGCCGUCGAUUUUUGAGUACUUAGGAAAAGAGACGAAAAACACAACUGAACACGUCAUCAUGAAAAAAAUCUUUAUUUACGCACGGGCGUGGGUAAAGAAAGACUUUGUUCAUAGCGGCUCAAUAGGACUUAAAUAGGGCAAGCACGCGCGCUAUGUUUUCUUAAUUUAAAACGACUUGUCCGAACAUUAGGUAGAAUAUAAUAAUGCGACCUAGUUCUCAUCUGCCGUGUUCUCUGGGGAGGUAAAAAAACUCUCAACGCAGUGUUGGUGGAAGAGAUGCUUGGCCAUAGCUUCAUAUUUCUAUUACGACGAAUGUCCAAGAUACUGUACCGCUUUAAGCAGUAACCUAACUUAUAACACCUAGCAAAGAGCUUAUCAAUUCUACUUAAAUAUUUAGUAUAAAUAGCGCACCCUCAGACCUCAAUAGCAUAUGUGAAGACUGAAAGGAUCAAAGUAAGUCCAAAUUCUCAAUAGAGUACCCAUAAUAUUUACAUAUUCUUAUAAUAUACAACCUACUGCUAGCCUUACUAAGUAAAUAAUCAAUACGAGUGUCCCUGUAGUUUGCAAUGUUCCCCCUGACUAUUCACAUCGACGUGCAUGAACAAUAAUCCUGCUCCAGUGUGUACGCUUGCAUUUCUUGGUUUGUUUUCAUGGAUGAAGAUGUUAAUUACCACUAAAAAAAACGUUUCAGCAAAUGUGGUCAUCCAAAUGGAUGAAAAAAAACUAGCCAAGAAAAAACUGAAAAAUGUAGCUAUCAACCAAUGAGACACCAGGCCCUGGUUGUUCAGAAGGUUGAUAACGCUAUCCACGGGAGGAAAUCUCUAUCCACUGGAUAGCGCGAUUGGUUUUCCUAAUACUUUCCCGUUGGAUGGUGAUUUAUCCAGUGGAUAGCGCUAUCUAACUUUUGAACAACUAAAGCCAGCCAGAACAAUAUUAAAACGUCUCUAAAAAUAGCGUGACGGUUAAGGUGAAUCUUGACCUUUUAUGCAUAGAGAUUUUGGACAUUGACGUAAACCUUUUGAUCUCUGUGUUGAUUUAUAGGUUAGACAAAAGCAUGAUGGAGAAUCGCAUUCUAAAGCUGCAGCAGGAUCUAGUGAUACCCCGUUGUCGUGGACGUUUGACAUGAGCAACAGCAGCGCCGAAGGGAGCAACCAAGAGGGUCAGCGGGGUAAUAAUCAGCAAGAGAGGCCUUCAUAUAGACAAGGUAUUUUGACAAUUCUUUAAAAAUGAGAUUUCUUUACCCAGUGAAAAAUGUAACCUUUCACCUUGCCAAUAAAAUGUGCCUACCUUACUCACUUAAAUCAACACAACGGAUGGAAGCAAAAUUUCCUGUUAUUAGAUGACUGGCUAUGCGAUCCUUGCAAGAUGAAACGAAUCCUGUGCGGUAUCUCAUUCACUGCACUAGUGAGGAAGAUGGGCCUCUUUUGUCCAAUCACCGGAAAUGCCCACUUUGUCCUGAAAAAUAAGUUUGUUUUAGUCAUGUGAUCACUGAAAUCUUUCAUUGACCAAAUUUGUACGAACAAGAUUGGUCUAUGAAAUCAGGAUAUCCCGCCUAUUUGGACCUCAUACUUGGUCAGCGGCAAUAACGCUUGUUACUGACAUUGUUGCAUUGACAUUGUUUAAUUGACUGAAUGUUACGUCACUCACUUCACCACAGGUCCACCACCCAGGAAAAACAAAUAUGGCGAUGUUAUAGAAGGGUAGUGAAUGAAGUGGAUUUCUAGCUCCAAUUUCGUCCAUUUGUUGAUCACGAGAUGUCCUUCUCUUUAUGGCAAAGAAAAAAAAACGUAAAAAAUUUUACUAUUAACUUGUAAACUAUAGAGGACUAGACUAAUGUACAUAUAGCUAAGAAGUAACUGAAUGAAUACACUGUUCUCCGUUUUAAAUGUUGGUUGUAAGGUAACCGGGCUUUAAACUAUAUACCAUCAUGCAUUUUCUCCAUACUGUUCUCCGUACAUUUUCUGUAGUAAUGAUUAAGAGAGUUUCUUCAACAGUCAAUGCCGCUAUUUGUUGAUCAUUUCCUUUAUUUUUAUGACCUUUUUGUUUGAUCAAGCAGUAUUAUGUUAAGGAGAAAUUAAAUGCUGAUCACUUUUAAAAGCUUAUCGCACAAGUAAAAUAGGUGAAAAAGAAGUCUGGCGAUUUAAUCGUCGAUCUUCACUUUGUCUGAUCACACAGUAAUUUUCAAGGAGUUAUAAUAACUCCUCUAGUGGGGUUAAAUUAACUCCUUACAGUGGAGUUAUUUUUUGGGGGAGUUAUUUUAACUCCCAAAAGGAGUUUAAAGAACUCUUUUUCAGGAGCAAAAAUCACCCCAGAUAUUGAGGAGUUAAAAUAACCGCCAAAAAAGGAGUUAUCCUGUAUCUAAAACUUUUACUCCACUUUCACAGUUAAGUAACUCCAAAAAGAGUAUAAACAACCCAUGUAAGGAGUAAAAUUAGCCCCAUUUUUAACUCCAGACUGGGAGUUAAAAGAACUCUUUUUCAGGAGUAAAAAUGACCCCAAAUUUAGAGUUAAAUUAGGAGUUAAAGUAACCCCGUAAAUGGGGUUAUCCUGUACCUAAAAUUUUUACUCCAUUUUUGGAGUUAUAAUAACUCCCUAAAAAUUACUGUGCCGUUUCAAAGAAAAACUUAUAUGUACCAUCAAACUUGUUUUUUGAGCAGAGGGCAAUUUAAUAAAACUAUUACAAGUUAGUGUAUUAAUUUUAAAGCGUAGCUUUUAUUUUUGCAAAUUAUACUUGUGAAAGUUUUAUUGAAUUGACCCCAGUAUCGGGCAAUUGACUGCGUUUUGAUAAAAAGGCGAUUUGAAAGUGACGUCAUAAAAAAUUAAAUUUGUGAAAUUAUGGGAUUUGUCGGGAUAUUCUGAAAGAACCAUUUCUGAAUGGCCUACUUGCCAAACACUAGCAUUUCGAGGCAAUUGUCUCUGAUAUAAUAUUAGCCCAGUUAUGCUCUGAUGACCCCAUACAAAUCACUAUAAAUUUGCCUUUGUUGUUAACGUUAUGAACCGAGUCAAUUUUUUUGUUGUGGAGGGAUUUGUGAUUGGACUCAAGCGAGCAUAACGGUCAUGCUUCAACCGAAUCACAGUUAUAUGUGAAGAGAACCCCAGCCUGACCAAAGUACCUUUGUAAUAGCACAAUCCUGUCCCUUUAUUGCAAUACCGCUUUUCACUGUUUUUGAAAGGAACAUCAGUUCCAAAUCAUUUUGUGUAGUGACUCA